AUGAAUAAAAAUGGAACAGCUAAAAUGAAUGAUAAUCAAAUAAGAGCCGAAGGUAGAAGGUUAUUUAAACGCUUCUAUAACAUUCCUGAUGGUGUUAAUCCUAAAACUCGUAGAAGUUAUUUAAAUGAAGCCAUAGAUGCAUAUGAAGGAUUUGACAUUUCAUCAGAAAGUGAGAGGUUAGCAAGAAUGUUAAACGUUAAUAUUGAUUUUUAUUAUUGUGACCCUCAACCAGAAGACGUAGACAUUAACAAGGUAGACUUUCCAUUAGUGGAAUCAAUAAUGAUAGAUCCAGAAUUUGAAACAGUAAAUAUUUUAUUAACACAGAGUCCAUGUGGAAAACUUCACGCUGACAGAAUUACAGACGUUGAAGCACUCACAGGAUAUAAAGUUUGCCCCUUUUGCAAAGAAGAAGUAUAUUCUAUCCGUGAUGAUCCAGAAAGGAAAAACCAAAGAAGAUUUUUAAAACAUUGUGAGAAAUGUAAAGAAAAUAAUGGAAGAUUAAUUCAAGACGUUCAAUUGCAAAACACACAACAACCAUAUGCACCACAUAUCACGAAACAGAAGAUAUAUCAAUGGCUAUUA